AUGAUAUUUUUAAGCAUUUCACCCCAAACUUCUACUCUCUAUUUUCCUGCCACCUUUCUCCUCUCUAUUUUCCGGUCUCCCUUCUACUCUCUAUUUUCCUGUCACCCUUCUAUCCUCUAUUUUCCUGUCUACCUUCUCCUCUCUAUUUUCCUGUCUCCCUUCUAUUCUGUUUUCCUGUCACCUUUCUACUCUCUAUUUUCAUGUCUCACUUCUCCUCUCUAUAUUCUUGUCACCUUUCUACUCUCUGUUUUCCUGUCACCUUUCUAUUCUCUAUUUUCCUGUCUCCCUUCUACUCUCUGUUUUCCUGUCUCCCUUCUCCUCUCUAUUUUCCUGUCACCUUUCUACUCUCUAUUUUCCUGUCUCCCUUCUACUCUCUGUUUCCCUGUCACGUUUCUAGUCUCUAUUUUCCUGUCUCCCUUCUACUCUCUGUUUCCCUGUCACAUUUCUACUCUCUAUUUUCCUGUCUCCCUUCUACUCUCUGUUUCCCUGUCACAUUUCUACUCUCUAUUUUCCUGUCUCCCUUCUACUCUCUGUUUCCCUGUCACCUUUCUACUCUGUAUUUUCCUGUCGCCUUUCUACUCUCUUUUUUCUGUCACCCUUCUAUUCUCUAUUUUCCUGUCACUCUUCUCCUCUCUAUUUCCCUGUCACCCUUCUACUCUCUGUUUUCCCGUCACCUUUCUACUCUCUACUAUCCUGCCACCCUUCUAUCCUCUAUUUUCCUGUCUACCUUCUCCUCUCUAUUUUCCUGUCUCCCUUCUACUCUCUGUUUUCCUGUCACCUUUCUACUCUCUAUUUUCCUGUCUCCCUUCUCCUCUCUAUUUUCCUGUCACGUUUCUAGUCUCUAUUUUCCUUUUUCCCUUCUACUCUCUGUUUUCCUGUCACCUUUCUACUCUCUAUUUUCCUGUCUCCCUUCUACUCUCUGUUUCCCUGUCACCUUUCUACUCUCUACUAUCCUGUCACCCUUCUAUCCUCAUUUUUCUUGUCUCCCUUCUCCUCUCUAUUUUCCUGUCUCCCUUCUCCUCUCUAUUUUCCUCUCUCCCCUCUCCUCUCUAUUUUCCUGUCACCUUUCUCCUCUCUAUUUUCCUGUCUCCCUUCUCCUCUCUAUUUUCCUCUCUCCCCUCUCCUCUCUAUUUUCCUGUCACCUUUCUCCUCUCUAUUUUCCUGUCUCCCUUCUCCUCUCUAUUUUCCUCUCUCCCUCUCCUCUCUAUUUUCCUGUCUCCCUUCUCCUCUCUAUUUUCCUGUCACCUUUCUACUCUCUAUUUUCCUGUCUCCCUUCUACUCUCUGUUUCCCUGUCACCUUUCUACUCUCUAUUUUCUGUCUUUUACCUCUGUUUCCCUGUCACCUUUCUACUCUGUAUUUUCCUGUCGCCUUUCUACUCUCUUUUUUCUGUCACCCUUCUAUUCUCUAUUUUCCUGUCACUCUUCUCCUCUCUAUUUCCCUGUCACCCUUCUACUCUCUGUUUUCCCGUCACCUUUCUACUCUCUACUAUCCUGCCACCCUUCUAG